ACUGCGGGGGCAGCAAACGAGAGCGAGAGAGCGCCCCAUUUGUCCCGGAUCCGCCCGAUCCACGACGCAGGAUCGCCGCAAUACGCGCGCACAUUUGGCGCACGAAUGCCUCCUUGCGUAGAUUCCCAACGCCCCACAAAAAUUCCGGUACGAAUUGGUGGCAAUUCGGGAGGAAUCUGGGUGGAGAGGGGGUUCGUGGGGUCAGCAAAGGGGCAAGCCAAGGGACGCAGGGUUCGCUCGCUCGCUCUUGGGCUUUGUAAGCCUCGAGGCGAUCGGUCUCUGAGAGAAGUUGCUGUGAUCGAAGGGCGGAGUGGGUGCGACGAUCGAUUGCGGUAGAUCGAGUUCGUCAUCCGAGUCUAAGUUAGGGUUUGGGGUUUUCGAGGCGCGAGCCCGGAGGUUGGGGUACGCGUGAUUGCCAUGGCAGGAACAUGGCGAGCUCGGGCGAUGCAGGAGCGUAUGGCUCGGGUGCUCUCCAGCAACCUCUUUGGAGCUCGCGCUGGCAUGUCCCGCCACUACCCCCGUCCUUCUGGUGGCCGCACCAAGCAGUUAGAUUCAGAGCUGCUUAAGAGGAAUGACUUUACCACGUUGUCUUUCAUCCCGGAACGUCAUGGGUUUUUGACUCCUAAGUUUGCGGACGGUGUUCGCAGUUUUUCCUCUGCUGAUCUACCUCCUCAUGAAGUUGUGACAAUGCCUGCGUUGUCGCCAACAAUGACUCAAGGAAAUGUUGGAAAGUGGAAAAAGAAAGUCGGAGAUCCGGUAGCAGCUGGGGAGGUCUUAUGCGACAUUGAAACCGACAAGGCAACACUUGACCUAGAAUCCAUGGAAGAUGGAGUCCUGGCAAAAAUUCUUAUACCUAGCGGAGCGAGGGACGUGCCAGUUGGAAAACCCCUUUGUAUUGUCGCUGAAAAUGAAGAAGGCCUGGACAAAUUUUCAAGUUAUAAAGAUGACGAGGCAAGUUCGGGAGCUAAUCAAUCAGCUCCGUCUCCGCCCAAGCAGCAAGCACCUCCAUCUUCCAGCACUGCUCCACCGCUAGCCUCGACUCCCCCUCCUUCUGAUUUGCCUCCUCAUCAAGUUUUGGCCAUGCCAGCUUUAUCUCCAACAAUGACUCAAGGAAAUGUUGGAAACUGGAAGAAACAGGAAGGAGAUAGGGUAGCCGCAGGGGAUGUUUUAUGUGACAUCGAAACUGACAAAGCCACGCUUGACUUUGAAACGCUGGAAGAUGGAAUCCUGGUCAAAAUUUUGAUGCCAUCUGGUUCCAGGGAUGUUCCUGUCGGCAAAGCACUUUGUGUAAUUGCAGAGAGUGAGGAGGACGUGGCCAAGUUUGCUAGCUACAGUGAAGGAGGAGAUCAAUCUGCACCUCAAGCUUCUGCUCCCAAACAACAAGCGCCCGUUUCUUCGUCCUCUGCUCCGUGUCCAAGGACACCACCGGCUGACCUCCCACCUCACCAAAUCCUGGCGAUGCCUGCACUAUCUCCAACUAUGACACAAGGUAAUGUUGGAACCUGGAGAAAGAAGGAAGGAGACCAGAUAGCAGCUGGUGAUGUGCUCUGCGACAUUGAAACUGACAAGGCUACGUUGGACUUUGAGUCUUUGGAAGAUGGUUAUCUGGCUAAAAUUAUUAUUCCAUCUGGAAGCAAGGAUGUGCAAGUUGGCAUGGAGCUUUGUAUCAUUGCGGAAUCAGGUGAGGAUCUUGACAAAUUUGCAUCCUACAGUGAUGCAUCAGCUUCAGCGGCCACAACUUCUGUCAGCAAACCUACUGAAACUGCAUAUGAACCGACUCCAGCCCCCAUGACCAGUUCAACUGUGAAGGGUAACAUAGGUCCUGCGGUUAAAAAACUUCUCGCCGAAAGUGGACUAAAUGUCUCACAAAUACAAGGCACGGGCCCUGGUGGCAUGAUUAUUAAAGGUGAUGUAUUGGCUGCUAUUAAAGGUGGUAUGAAACCACUAGCAGGUGACAAAGCAGGUGACAAAGUGAAAGGUGCUGCUGCCCAGACAGAUGCUGCUGCUCCGAAAAGUGCACCAUCUAAAGCACCGACACCUGAUACCUCAUUGACUUUUGAAGACAUACCUAAUACUCCAAUCCGCAAGAUUAUUGCGAAGAGGCUUCUUGAAUCCAAGAACAUCAUACCUCAUGCCUACGUGCAAUCAGACACGACUCUGGACGCUACGUUACGGUUCAGAAAAUAUCUAAAAGACACGCAUGGCAUCAAUGUUUCAGUAAAUGAUUUCGUCAUCAAGGCUGCUGCACUUGCUUUGAAGGAGGUUCCUGAUGCCAAUGCGUUUUGGGAUGAUAAAGUAGGGGAUCGAGUAAACAACAACUCCAUCGACAUAUCAAUAGCUGUUGCUACGGACAAGGGCUUGAUAACACCAAUCCUGAAAAAUGCGGAUCAAAAGUCUUUGUCAACAAUUUCGGCGGAGGUGAAAACAUUAGUUGAGAAGGCUCGGAAUGGGAAGUUGAAACCUCAUGAAUUUCAAGGUGGCACAUUCAGUAUAUCGAAUCUGGGCAUGUUCCAAGUGGACCACUUUUGUGCUAUUAUCAACCCGCCUCAGGCAUGCAUACUUGCGGUUGGUAGGGGCGUACAGAAGGUGGUUUGGGAUGAAGACAGCAAUGGUCCGAAGACCGUGACGCAAAUGUUGGUAACUAUAUCUGUGGAUCACCGGGUAUAUGGAGGUGAUACAGCAAGUCAGUUCUUGGCGGCAUUCCGGAAGAAUUUGGCUAAUCCGCAGAGAAUGUUGCUAUAAUGCAUUGUGUGGAGGACUUGCUCUCCAGUAUCCAGUAUCAGAUCAAAAUAGUGACUCCCUUGCACAUGUGCUUGAACUUCUUAGUCCACAUUGAAGGUUUGUUUACCAUCGCAUUCAGAGGCAGGCACGGCGUACACCUCAUGCACGAGUUGGAGAACAGGAUUAGGUGGAAAAUUGCUUGUGCCCUCCCAAACUGGGUGCUUGUAGUAGUAGUAGUGGAUGACCCCAAAUGGAGUUUAGUGAGGAACGUUAUCUAUUAUGCGUUUUUCAUUUUAAUGGACCUGUAAGUUUUGCCUAUGCUGCUUUGCAAUGGCAUUCCCUUACAGAGGAGAUCAUGGCCUCUGCGCCAAUUGCAAUAAUACCUCAGCAAUCAUGGCUGUAUUUUACAGAAAUUUGGGAUUUAA